AAAAACAAUACACCGCCUCACAGGCCAGAGCCACAGCCUUCUCCUCUCUGCUGGGUGGAAGAACAACUCUCACACAGUGGAAGUCCUCCAGACCCCCUGCCUUCAGACAAUAGGUUCCCUGGUUUUGGUCUACAUUCCUCGGUCCUCUGCUGUGGAGUCUACCUUCUGCUUCACCUCAUUCUGGAGUCGCCCAUCCAGUCAGCGGCCCAUGUCCCCCUGGUUCCCUGUUUCCUGAGUCUCCAUGGACCUGAGUCCAGAGAAGCACUCUGAACUUGAGGACAUCCGGCUGAGGAAAGGAGCCCUUCUGCUGGAGAUCCAGAGGCUGCGGGAGACGCUGAGAGAGGCCCUCAUGGAAGUGGAGGGCCUUGAAUCCAGCACCAAACGCAGCCAAAUCUUAGAAAAGAAUAGGCAUGUCGCCAUGGGAAGAAAGAAAUUCAACAUGGACCCUAAGAAGGGUAUCCUGUUCAUGAUACAAAACAAUCUUCUCUGGCACACGUCUGAGGACAUCGGCCAGCUCCUAUACAAGGGAGAGGGGCUGAACAAAACAGCCAUUGGGGAUUACCUGGGUGAGAGAGACGACUUCAAUAUCCAAGUUCUCCAAACAUUUCUUGGGCCUCAUGAAUUCGCAGGGUUCAACCUGGUACAGGCUCUCAAGCAGUUCCUCUGGAGUUUCCGUCUGCCAGGAGAAGCACAAAAGAUUGACAGGAUGAUGGAGGCCUUUGCGCAGAGGUACUGUCAAUGUAAUCCUGGAGUCUUCCAGAACAUUGACACCUGCUAUGUACUUUCAUUUUCCAUAAUCAUGCUAAACACUAGCCUUCAUAAUCCAAAUGUGAGAGACAAGCCCAGUGUGGACAGGUUCAUCUCCAUGAAUCGAGGAAUCAAUGAUGGAGGCAACCUGCCAGAUGAACUCCUCCGAAAUCUGUAUAAGAGCAUAAAGAAUGAGCCAUUCAAGAUUCCUGAAGACAAUGGGAACAAUGCCUUCUUCAACCCUGACAGAGAGGGUUGGCUCUUCAAACUGGGAGGAGGACGGGUGAAAACAUGGAAAAGGCGGUGGUUCAUCCUGAUGGAUAACUGCCUUUACUACUUUAAACAUACUACGGAUAAGAAACCCAGGGUGAUCAUUCCACUGGAGAAUCUGAGCAUCAGUGAGGUGAAGGAUCUCAGGAAGCCUAACUGCUUUGAACUGUACAUCCCUAACAACAGAAGACAGCUGAUGAAAGCCUGCAAAACGGAGGCGGACGGCCGCCUGGUAGAAGGAAAUCAUGUGGUGUACCGCAUCUCGGCGCCAACCCCUGAGGAGAAGGACAAGUGGAUACAGAGCAUCACUGCUGCUGUGAGCACUGACCCUUUUUAUGAGAUGCUGGCAGCAAGAAAAAAACGGCUCUCUUAA